CUUCUAUAUCCUCAGUAACCGCUCAUCUGUGAAUUCUUUGUGGCGUGGCAAACGUUUUCCAGUGGAAUGACGUUAAUUUUGUCGUUCCCUUUUCUUUUUUGAUGAAACUUUUAAGAUUUUAUACUAUGACAAACACUUUAUUCCCAAUAUGCGAAUGGGCAACCUUUUCGAUGAGCAUGGUGAAAGAGCUCAUAACCAGUGGAAGGUGCCUUGCCGAAAUUACGGGUCCAAACAUUGUGCUUGAAACAGUAAUAAGCUGCCAGACUUAUGUGGCCAAUAAACCUGCUGAAAAGAAUAUUGUGGAGAAAGAGGUUUAAGGAAACAGAGACUUUCAACGCUAAACCUGCUAAAUCAGCAGUUUACGAGACUUGUACAGACAAAUAAAUAGAGGAACCAAAAAACUCUUAGUUAACCUAUGUGUCUCGAAAAGAUAAUAUAGAAAAUACUACUCUUCAUGAAAACGAAGUUGAAGAAUGU